UGCUGUGGGGACAGGGCAGAACUGCGCUGAGUGGGGCUGAACUAGUUUAGAGGAGUCUUAGGUAGAGGGGCAGACAGGAACACACGGGAAAGGAAAAGAGAAAGCCACUGAAGAUUAUGUUUACCCAGCAGACAGGCUUAACAGCUGAAAUAAUGUGGAACUGUUUUCCUUUCUUUAGCUAAAUGUAGCGACUCAGUGAUAAUGUUGAUGGCUGUUUUGACAGUACUACAUGCUGGUUGGGUACCAGGACAGAAAACUAUGGCAGUCAUAUCUGCUUGCUCCUUCUAGCAUUUAGUAUGUGCCGACUUUGGUUAAGUUUAGCGUUGAUUCAUCGGUGUGGGAAGCUCACUUGCAGAAACACUGACCCGUAACCCCUAACUCUGCUUUGCAGGUUCUGUCUCCCAUUGAGCUGGACUCUAAUUUUGGCUUUUGACCCCUGGAAUAGGAAAGGGUUUUUGAUCUGGCAGUGAACAAGACCUGCUGUGAACCAACCUGGACUGACCAAUUUUUUUCAUAAUUAUUGGAGAACAAAGAGAUUUUUUUUUUUUUUCCAACCAGAACUUUUUUGGCUAAACCAGAUCUGAGACUGUCGGCACUGGAGUUUGGUAUUUCAAAGACUCUCUGGCCCCUAUAGCCCCAGGACCAUGGGCUUUUUCUGGGGCAGCAUUAUGCUGCUGUAUGGGCUGGCUUUGCUUAAUACGGGGGGCACUGGAGCCCAGCAGACCAAGAACAACGUCCCCCGGCUAAAACUCUCCUAUAAAGACAUGUUGGAGUCGAACAACCUCGUGACAUUUGAAGGCCUGCCCAACAGUUCGGCUUACCACACCUUCCUGUUGGAUGAGGAGAAAGGAAGACUAGUUGUGGGAGCCAAGGACCACAUCUUCUCCUUUAAUCUUCUGAAUAUCAGCAAAGACUUUGCACAGAUCCCUUGGCCAGCUUCUCCCACCAGAAGAGAUGAAUGCAAGUGGGCAGGAAAAGAUCUCUCGAGAGAAUGCUCAAAUUUUGUGAAGUUGCUGCAGCCGUUCAACCAGACCCAUCUCUAUGUGUGCGGGACAGGAGCCUUCCACCCUGUGUGCUCAUACCUGGAGGUGGGCAAGAAACCAGAGGACAGCGUUUUCAGACUUGAGCCCCACAUUGAAAAUGGCCGAGGGAAGAGUCCCUAUGAUCCCAAGUUGCUCACUGCAUCCAUGCUAAUUGAUGGAGAACUGUAUGCGGGGACAUCAGCUGAUUUCAUGGGGCGAGACUUUGCCAUCUUUCGCACUCUCGGAAAGCAUCACCCAAUCAGAACGGAGCAGCAUGACUCCCGGUGGUUAAAUGAUCCUAGGUUUUUAGGCAUUCAUCUCAUUCCAGAGAGUGAUAACCCAGAAGAUGACAAAAUCUACCUGUUCUUCAGAGAAAAUGCUAUAGACGGAGAGCACACCGGAAAGGCCACACAUGCUCGCAUUGGACAGCUCUGCAAAAACGAUCUGGGAGGUCACAGGAGUCUAGUAAAUAAGUGGACAACCUUCUUGAAAGCUCGGCUUAUUUGCUCUGUGCCCGGGAGUAAUGGCAUAGACACACAUUUUGAUGAAUUACAGGAUGUUUUUCUCAUGAGCACAAAGGAUCCCAAGAGCCCAAUCAUAUAUGCAGUAUUCACUACUUCCAGCAACAUCUUCAAAGGUUCAGCUGUGUGCAUGUACAGCAUGACAGACAUUAGGAGAGUUUUCUUGGGUCCAUAUGCCCACAGAGAUGGGCCCAGCUAUCAGUGGGUGCCCUUCCAGGGACGUGUUCCCUACCCACGGCCUGGCACAUGCCCGAGCAAGACAUUUGGUGGAUUUGAUACAACCAAGGACCUCCCCGAUGACGUGGUGCAAUUUGCCAGAAGCCAUCCAGCCAUGUUCAAUCCUGUCUACCCCAUUAAUAAUCGACCGAUCAUAGUCAAAACAGAUGUCGACUACCAGUUCACCCAAAUAGUGGUGGACAAAGUCGAGGCAGAAGAUGGCCAGUAUGAUGUUAUGUUCAUAGGCACAGAUGUGGGAACAAUUCUGAAAGUGGUAUCCAUCCCCAGAGGUUCCUGGCAUGACUUAGAAGAAGUCCUUUUAGAGGAAAUGACUGUUUUCAGAGAGCCAGCAGCCAUUACAGCCAUGGAACUUUCAACAAAACAGCAACAACUCUACCUGGGUUCAGAUACUGGUGUGUCGCAGAUGCCUCUGCAUCGCUGUGAGGUUUAUGGGAAGGCCUGUGCUGAAUGCUGCUUGGCAAGAGACCCUUAUUGUGCAUGGGAUGGCACAGAAUGCUCCAGAUACUUUCCCAUGGCUAAGAGGAGAACAAGAAGGCAAGAUAUCAGGAAUGGGGACCCGCUCACACAGUGCUCAGAUCUGCAACACCACGAUGAAUUAAGUGGACAGAUAACCCUCCUGGAUAAAACUGUGUAUGGUGUGGAGAACAGCAGCACUUUCUUGGAGUGCAGUCCGAAGUCCCAGAGAGCAACAACAUACUGGCAGUAUCAACCGACCACUGAUGACCACAAACAAGAGGUUAAAUCAGAGGAGCGCUUUAUCCACACUGAGCAGGGCCUCCUGAUUCGCACGCUUAACAAGAAGGAUUCAGGCAUUUAUCUGUGCCAGGCAGUGGAACAUGGUUUCAUGCAGACAGUUCUAAAAGUUAACUUAGAGGUCAUUGACACAGAGCGGCUGGAAGAUCUUCUACAUCGUGACGAAGAGGCAGCCAGUCUCCCUGCCCAUGACUUUUCCUCUUCUAGAGAAACUCCAAAUCAAAAGCUCUGGUACAGGGACUUCCUCUCUUUGGUCAAUCACCCGACUCUAAAUAGCGUGGAUGAGUUCUGUGAGCAGGUUUGGAAAAGGGAGAGAAAGCACAAGAGACAAAAAGCUCACCUGGUCCAGAAAGUACAACUACAUCAGCAACAGCAGCAGAAGAUUGUGAUGAACCCUCGCAACCACAUGCAUGCCCAAGGCCUGGCAGCCAAGUGGAAACACCUGCAAGACAGGCAAAAGGGUCGCAACCGCAGGACACAUGAACUGGAGAGGGCUCCCCGCAGUGUGUGACUUACAAACCUUGACUUUUAGCACGGAGACUUUAAACCACACCCAGUUCUCAUUCAGUAGAGUCAUCCUGUUUUUAUCCCUCAUUCUGAGAUACACAUUUCUUCGACAAAGACUGGAACAAGAAAAGUUAAAACUCAACUCAAGAGUAGAUACCACCCUGAGCUGCCAGCUGGAGUGUUCUGUGCGUGGGAAGCCAUGUUUACAGUUCACCAGUAUGGAGAACUGCAGGAUUCAGGAUGUUGUAUCACGCGACACCAUUGGAGCAUGUUAUCUCAGUUGGCUCAUGUGGCCUAAAUAUUGCAGAGUGACAUAUACCUAUCCUAAAGACAUGGACGUGGCCAUGGCAGUUAAGUGGCAUGCUGUUUAGGUGUCUUUGUCAGUAUGCCAACAAACACCUGAUAAUUUCUGCUACAGAAAUAUGAAACAAAAGCCUUGAGAAUGAACGGACUUGUAGUGGAAUUACAGCAACAAAAACACGAGUCUCAUCGAAAGGACAAUGUCGAUUAUUUUGGUAAUUUUGGGUAUUAUAAAUGGAUGAAUCAGUCAACACGAGAAAGAAAAUUGCCCAAUCACUGCAAGAAACCAGGAGGAACAUUCAUCAUUCAUUAAAAAAAAAAAAAAAACUUAAGUAACUAAAAUGUGUAAAUACUGUAUUCUAUAACAUCUGCUCAUCUGAAAGGGAAUGGCUUGCCGUUUUAAAGUUCCUUAAUGUUGUUUUCCCUCAUAGAAAUUUAAUUAAAAAAAUAUCUGUCAGAAGCAGUUGUAAACGAGGAGCUUUUGUAUUUGUCUGUCUCUCACCCCUAGAUAAGCUUCCAAAACAAAGACUGUCUUAUUUUGUUUGUUUUUUUGUUGUUGUUUUUUUAGUUAUCAAAUUCUUUAUACCCUCAGCAAUUAAAGUUUAGUGUCACUUCACAGUGUAUGAAUAGCUGCCAACUCCAUCAUUUCAGUGUGCCAAACCUCAUUCUGAGUUCUUCCAUAUUUAUUUAAUUAUACCUUGUAUACACUUUGUUUCCUUUACUUGUGUAUUUAUUGAUAAACAAUUCUGUACAUUAUGCAUUUUUUUUUAAUGUGCAGGAGGUUUUUGUUGGAAUUUAAUAUUUGAUUUGAUUAUGCUGAUUUACAGGACCAAUCUAAUCAAAUAACUAUAUUGUCACAAAUACUACUACACAAAUACUACAAGGACUGGAAGUUCAGUAUCACUAGUUUUGUUCCUUAUCAAAUGCAUUACAUGCCAAAUCCACUCAGCAAUAAGCCAGUAUCUGUACUACAUUUUUCUUUAGCAUUUUAUGCCUUAUAUCCAUAUUCUUCACAGAGCAGUGUAACAGUUUCACCUUUUUUCUGAAUAUAAUGUUAAACACUAUCCACACAAACACAAACCUGGAAUGUAGCUGUGAACAUCGUGUAAAUAUAAAUACUAUCAUCUAUAUUUGACAAAUAUGACACUAUGUGCUCGUGCAUGUCAGUGCUAUUGUAGUGUUGCUGUUUUGCUAUGGCGAUGAUAUACUAGUCUGAUGUUGUCCAGUUAAAUUGUUUGCUCAUCUAGUGCACAAUAGUAACUAUUUCAAAGCUGUACAUACUAUUUCUCUUAGGACUCUAAAUUGUAUACUUGAUAUAAACAGGAACGAAACAUAAUCUCUAUGGAUCACAAUGCCCACAGACAAGAGAACAACAAUAAAACAUAACCAGUUCAACUCUGCAGCACAUUAGUAUGCCAGAUAACGCUGUGUAUUUGUGAGCAUCAUCUGCUUUUUGGAAGGCAAGACUGAAGAAGAUGAGAAACAGCUGGAGCCAACCUCAAGAGAUUUGAGGCUGACAAGUGAAGUUAAGCACCAGUUGUGAAUGUGAAUAUAUGAUAAGAUCAUCAUUAUAAAGAGAAAAUGUGGGGGACUUGUAGUGCACAUGCAGUGGCUCUGAGGAAAUGAAGUGCUGCUCUUGCUGCUUUUUGGCACAAUGAUGAUGAUGGUGGUGAUGUAUUCUACUGAUCUAAUAAAUGUCUCUUCAUAAAGUGCUAGCUUCAUUAAAUCUGUUUUAAUAUACUAUGCCCUGCUGCUUUCACGAUAUAUACUGAACUCAUGUAGUGUAGAUGAUCAGAUUAGAUAUUGAAAUACCUUUCUGGUGCAUCUGCAUAUUAAUGAGGAAAACUUUUAUUCACUUGUGUAAUGUAUCCUUAAUAUUGGGAUUCAUUUAAUGCUGUACUUGUCUUUUCUCUGUGCAGACAAGAACUGUAUCUGACAUAUAAAACUGACUCAUUAAUGAUUCAUAGCUGAAGUAAUUAACAUAAGAGAUCAAUCAAUGUGGUUUGAAAAGACAGCACAAGUGCCUCUUAUGGUGUGUAUUGAAAAAGUGAAGCUGUGUACUCUUGUGUGCCUCUGGCAGUAGAGGAAUUACUGUAAGUUGAUAUUAAAACAUUGAUGGGUGAUGUGUUGUGAAUAAAACAUUA